UAAAAUUAGAUGUUUUCAUAACCGGCGCUACAGCUGAUUGGAGCCACAGCUGUUUAACUUUGAUAACAACAAGACAUAAAAAAUUUGCACUCCAAUGUCGUUAACUCCGCUGUUGUCACGAUCUAGUAUUCCCAUCCUACGUGUAACGUCACCGAAAUUCCUGUUUGCUGCAACAUCACAAUUACACAAAAAAUCACUUAACUCAGUACAAUAUUCAAGAAUGACCAGCGAAAUGAAAACUGUGUACGUCACUCGCCCGGACGUUGCUUCAGUGGGCAUAGAAUUAUUAAAGGCAGACUGUAACGUCAGCAGCUGGUCGCAACCUCUACCCGUUCCGCGUGAUGAACUUUUGCGACAAGUGGUUGGCAAAGACGCAAUCUACUGUGCAUUAACGGAUAAAAUAGAUGCAGAAGUUAUCGAACGAGCGGGUCCACAGCUAAAAUGUAUUUCAACUAUUUCCGUCGGUUACGAACACAUCGAUGUUGCCGAGUGUAAGAAGCGUGGCAUACGCGUUGGCUAUACACCAGACGUGCUUACAGAUGCAACAGCGGAGUUAACAGUUGCGCUCUUGCUUGCCACCAGCCGGCGCUUAUUCGAGGCAAGCAAAGAGGUGUAUAAUGGUGGUUGGAAAUCAUGGGCACCUAACUGGAUGUGUGGACAAGGUUUAAAGGGUGCUCGAGUUGGUCUCUUCGGGUUUGGACGUAUCGGACAGGAGAUUGCAGCACGAAUAGUUCCAUUUAAACCGUCCCUACUGACAUACACAGCGCGUACUGAACGUGCUGCCGAAGCGGCCAAAGUCAAUGCACAGCGUGUUAGUUUUGAUGAACUGUUAUGCGAAUCAGAUUUCAUAAUAGUCUGUUGCGCACUUACGCCGGAGACCAAGGAAAUCUUCAACGCAACCGCGUUUGAAAAAAUGAAACCGAACGCCAUUUUCAUUAAUACAGCUCGUGGUGGGGUUGUUGAUCAACCCGCGCUUUGUGCUGCUUUAAAAGAGCGUCGCAUUUUGGGUGCUGGAUUAGAUGUCACCACACCAGAACCACUACCACUCGAUGAACCGCUACUUAAAUUAGACAACGUUGUCAUAUUACCACACAUUGGCAGUGCCGAUGUUAAUACACGCACGGAAAUGUCACGCAUAACAGCUUUGAAUAUAUUGGCAGCUUUAAAAGGCGAAAAGAUGAUUGCCGAGGUAUCCGUUUGAGGAAUAGAAACAAAACACUUUUAUUAUGAAAUAAGCAAACAAUAUUACGAUUACAAGCUAUAAGCAUUUUCAAUUUUAAAAAAGUAUUUUCUAUUCUAUGUAUGUACUUGGAAUUAGAUGAAUGACAUGGUCAUCUAAUCUUCGCCCGGUGGCAAUGGUUGUGCAGCGGUGGGCUGAAUAGGUGUGUUAAUGCCACCAAGUGUUGGUAUAGCUGCUGGAAUUGGCGCUGGCACAGGUGCAAUAGGUACGGUGGAUAUAACUCCGAUUUCGGCGGGGUCCUCAACUUCUUUUUUGAUUUGAUCGACAGUGAUAUAACCGCCACUCUCAUCCUACAUGAAAAAAUUAUAAAUAAUGAAACCAAAUAUUAAUUAUUCAUUAACUUCUACAACAAAUACAACAUACAAGUUUGUAAACUUUAGCCACUACUCACCGCAAUGAAUACAUCGACCGUCUUUCCGGAUAUAAUAUCUAGCAAUUGAGGUGUAAUGCCGCUCAUUGGUUCCUCUUGAAUGCUCUGCGCGUAUUCGAAUAAUGGUUGUCUCAAGUCUGGGCAUUGUUCCAGAGCACUUACAAGUUGCUGAUGUGGCAAAUGCAAUAGUACAGGCAAAGAUUGUGGUUUCAGUCUUUGACAACAUUUAAGGAAACCUUCCCAAAUCACUUUUUGACGCCACACUUGUU